AUGGCUUUGACAGAUCCAUUGGCUACAUCAUACCAUCUUCAAACUUUCGAUAAAGGAUUGCGAUCCCGAGCUUUGGGAGAUCAGUUGUCAACUGUGGUUAAUACCUCUGUCUUACUUGACGACAAUCCAUUUCCUUUGUUCGUUAAUCAGAUAGUCGUUAAGCUCGCUGAUGCGUUUCGUGAUGGUUCGAAUGAACUCAGAUUGUGUGUUGCGCGAGUUCUAUCUGAGUGUCAUUCUCAUCUUUCACUUGUUUUCUCGAGAGCAGAAAUAUUGAAAAAAAUUCUGACUGUAAGUCACUCAAACGAUCCUGAGGCAAGAGCACUAACUUUACAAAUUCUGGCCAGUCUUGCUCCUGUUUUUCCUGAUAAUAAACAGGUUCAUCAUUUGAUUAUGGAAUCUCUAUCAACUGAGAACGAUUUGGAGUUCAAAUCGGCUUGUCAUGCAAUGGCCGAAAUAACAAAACUCUCAGCGGAUUUCGCUGACACUGUUAUACCACUGUUAUCCACAUUACUGCAGUCUUCUGAAGCAUCAAUUGAACGGAAAUCUUUACUCAUUCCUGUUUUUGGAGGAAUGAAAGCUAUGGUUUCAACGACAGAGAAAAUUUUCUUACUGGCUCAUUCCAUUCUUGAAACAUACACGCAUAUGCCUUUGAUAUGCUCGCUAUUGGAAACGAUGACAAAGCUAGCUGAAGCAACGAGAUAUGCUAUCCCAGAUCAGUUGAACAUUCUAUUAUCGGCGUUGAACCGAGCUGAAGACAAUGUUGCCCUCGCCCUAUCGGCUUUGAAUGGGCUUCAAAUACUCGCAAAAUAUUCUCACGUGUGGAAUGAAGAGCAUCUGAAAAUCAUUUUAGACAUCGAGCCUAAGUUGGAGCAGCGUCGGCUGAUUUUCAAUAAAUUUCUGAAUUUACUUAUUACUCUCUCGCAGCAUGCACGUCCUAAUCAGUUGAGUUUUUUUGAACAGGUUUUAACCCUAUUGAUCACGAGCUGUACAAGCCCGGAUUAUGAACAAAGAGUUUCAUAUCUUCAAAUAGCUUGUAACGUUUUUCGCUCACAGCCCAACGAUGUGUUUGCUCAACGAUUAGUCAACUUCUUCAUAACUUCAAUAGAUUUAUCAUUCCCUAAUAACUUACUUAGAAAGUUCUAUCGAGCUCUUGGAGAUUUUUUCUGCUGUGGACAUUUGAGUGACUCUAACAUUUCUGACUUGUUGACCCCUCUUGUUCACUUGGAUCGAAAGAAGCAUGAGCACAAGAUGCAAGAACUAAUUAAUCUUUUCUGUCGGUUGACCGAUCAUUUACCAAUAGUUGUAACUACAAUUCACGAAUGGGCUAGAGGAACUGUUCAAAUUUUGGAUGAUUUGAGUCGAACUUCCAUAGCGUUUCUUCUUCUUGCUCCCGGUGUGCAUGUUCCUGACUCCAAAUUGAAUGUUAUCCAGGGUAAUGAUUGGGAGAGAUACCGUGUGGCGAAAAUUGCUUUCCGAAAUGGCCAUUGGAGGGAAGCUGCACUCAUUAACUUGAAACAUAUUGAUAUUUCUAAAUUAUCUUAUCAAAGCUCUCGGUGGAUUUGUUUCUUACAAGAAUUGUCUGCAGCUCAGGUCAGUGAGGUUACAGUCCAAGCCUACGAACAGCAGAAAAAUCAUCUUACCAAUGCUUUAUCAAUUGUUGAUGUCUUACUCACAGGAGUUCAGGAUGGAUCUGAGUUCCGUUUUCCCAGAGGUUUCACUAACUGUAUGAUUUUAUCAAAUCAAGCAGUUUUCUAUAUUUUGAGCGGGUUCUCCACAUUCCAAAAAUUACCUGAGCAAUACAAAAUGCCAGGGGCUUCAGCUCGCUUGAAAGCAUUGAUUUUACACGCUAUAAACUCUCUGGAGUUUGUAACCACUUCUUGGAACAUUCUUAUUCGAUCUUCCUAUGGUGCGGAUUACCAAACACACGAUUACAUUUCCAUUCUCCAAUGCAUGUAUACUAUUAUAAACUAUGGACUGUUGUGCAUCAUCAAUAGAUCCUCUGCCAGAACUCCUGUUUUACCUAACUUACGAGUGGAAACAACAUCAUUAAAGAAAAGUUUAAGUCUUCUGAAUUGGGCAAAUGAACAGAUGACAUUGAUCGAUGGCAAAGAUAUUUCUGAAAAGAAUGUUCACCACUUUUUACAUGUCCUGAGCAAGCUCUGCUCGCAGCGUAUUCAAAUUCCUAGAUAUUUCUUCCAUCAAGGCGAGUCCACAAACGCUAUUCAGUUGGCAGUAAUCACAGGACAAAAUGGCGAAGUUUCAGUUAUGCCUGGACAGCUUUAUCCUAUUCAGGUAGACGGUGUUAUUUCUUCUAACCAAACUCGCCCCGUUCACUCCAUAACGGUAAAGGCUCAUAUUCAAUACUACAUAGGCCAAUCGAACAACGCUUUCUACUCACAAGUUGUCAAACCCAAAGAGGGUUUGUACUUUCAAGCGCAGUUUCUUCUUUCUUUCAAACAGUCAUGUCAAAUUGAUUUCACUGUCGAGUUUACUGAUAGCAAAACCUUACAAACAUGGUACUCUGACACUAAAGCCUCUCUCAGAGUUCAAAUCAAUGAAUGA